UCAAAUCAACCUGCAGUCUGUCCUUAUGUCAGAGCUGCUUCUUUUAGCACAAGAUGAUCCUGCUGCUCUGUUUGCUUUGCAUGAUCUGUGGAGAACCUGUUUGGAGUCUGAAGAAUGGUGAGUUCUCCUUUAAAGGGGACAUUCAGCAGGUGGCAAUUGGCUCCAACAAUCUUUACAUCGCUACAACAGAGGCACUUUAUCAGCUAAGACCCAACUUUACUCUGAUCCACAGUCUGACCCUCAGAGGGACUUUACAGAACGGAGACCAGCCAGGGAAAGAGAGUUUUCAGCGGGUCCCUGAGAAUGGCAAAAUAACACCAACUUUCAGUGUUAAUGUUUUAUUACCAUUUGAGAAAAAUGACACAUUGAUCAGCUGCGGUGUGACUGGAAACAAACUCUGUGGUUUCUGUGAAGUUCUGGACCUGAAGAACAUCUCUAAGCUGGUUUACAGUGAAUUCAUCCAGGUGGGACCUCAGAGGAGCAGCAGUGGGUCUGUCAGCUUGCUGGUGGAUGUGAAGGAGGAUUCAGGUCAGACUGAGACUUACAUUCUGACAGCGAUAAAGAACCUGAGAGACAAGGCAGAGUGUAGCACUGAUUUAAAGACAAUCAACCUUCAAAACACUGAUCAAAACCAGCCUGGGGAAAUAUUUUCCUGGUCUGGUCGAUCAGGUGUUAAACCUGGGAUCCAAACUGUAGCUGAUGUAGAGUUUGUGGACGGAUUCCAGAUCAACUCAACAGUGUAUCUGUUCUCCAACGUGGCAUCAGGAGGUAAAACCAACAAAGUCCGUCUGAUCUGGCUUCAGGCUGAAACCAGUAAAGCUCAGACUCUGGAGUCUCUUCAUGGAGCGACUCUCAGUUCCUCUGGAGGCAGCAGACUGCUGGCCUCCUCGGUCAUCCCAGGUGGACAGCAGGUCCUGUGGAGUGGAGUGUUCAGUGUGGACGGAGGAGAAAGCAACACUGAGCUGCUGCUGUUUGACGUCAGUCCUGAUCUCAGCAGGGAGGAGAAUAGAGAUCCAGACUUUUAUACAUCGGUGGACAAGCCAAAAAACCCAUCAGAACCGAAGGCCCUGAAACCGCAGGCUGUUCUGUCUAAGAAGAAAUACAUGAGUUCCGUGUUGGCGGUGAAGCAGGACAGCUGGACGGUUUUCUUCAUCGGAACAACCGAUGGGCAGCUCAUUAAGCUUCCUGUGGACAAGAGCAAUCGUCCAGCAUGUCCAAAGGAGCACUACAGGGCCAGUGGUAAUCAGAAAGUGUUUCCAAAAAUCCUUCAGGAUCCAGUGGAUCAUAAACAAAUGUAUCUGAUAUUUAAAGACAAGAUUAAGCGUGUGCCAGUGUCAAACUGUAGUGAAUACAUGAGCGUAGAGGACUGUUGUACGGAUCCAUUCUGUGUCUGGUGUGUUUCUGGGAAAAGAUGUACAUUUAAAGAUGACUGCAAAUACGACUGGAUGUCCAUCCCUGAUGAAUACCAACAGGAAGUGAUUUCCUACAGAGCUGAGAAGGACUCCACUGGACAGGUCAAAGUAGUCGUCAACGUUCACCUGACUUUGGCACAGAAGAUUCGGUCUGAAUUUACCUGUGAGUUCGUCACAAACGUGAGAAGGCUUUGUGGGACACUAUCUCAGUACCCACAAUGCACCUGCGUUCUCUCUGACGAUUUUCACUCUAAUGAACUUGAUCUCAUCCUAUCAGUCAGACUUGAGGCAGUACUGACAAAGAGUCUAAAGCUCAUCGGCUGUUCUGAUAGUACUCUGUCGUGUCAGCAGUGCAUCAGAGCCGGAUGUGGCUGGAGGGAGAACCGCUGUACCUGGGACAGUGAAGGAGUGCGGAAUGACCGUGUUUGCCAACCGCUCGCCUCUCAGCCAAUCACUGCGAAGCCAGAGAUUAUCUCCGUGUCUCCCAGUCGUGUGUCUUACUACGGCAGAAAUCACGCUUUGCUGAAAGGUCGCAACCUCAGAGAUGUGAUUGGAGUCAAAGUCCAGACAGAAACGGCCUGCUCAAAGGAAUCUCCAGUUUGGAACAACACUGGUGAGAGUCUGACGUUCCACAUUCCCAGUAGAACCAAUGAAGCUGAAGCCAAGGUGUGUGCUGUCCUGUCUGACGGGAGUUGCCACGGCGAAGCUGAUAUAACCUACCAGUCAGUGCCAUCUUGUACUGGAGUUUCACCAUCCGUUACCUGGAGAAGUGGGAAGAGGAAGAUCACGAUCACAGGAUCCUACUUGGACACAGUGGAAAUGGUCACACACAACCAGGAUGUAGAAUACCAUGUACAGAAAGAAUACCCCCCGCAGCUACAAGUACCUCCUGAACACAUCAACUCUACGGUGGGUCUGUGA